GGUGCCUCCUCUCGCCGCGCCGUCCAUUUGCAUGCGAGGCCGCGGCCUCCGCGGCUCCGCCGCCCGGGUCAGGGUUCGUGGCAUGAGCCAUGAGCGCAAGCCAAGCUCCUUAAUGGCGUCAGCUCCACGCAGCACGGCCACCGUGGUGCCCCUGGUGCCCUCCCCCCUGGGCGUGAUGGCGCACGCCGGGGGUGCCCACCACCUGCUGCCCGCUGGCCUCUCCGGCGGGCCCCGUGCCUCCAGCUUCGCCGCGGCCCUGCGCGAACUCGCCAAGCACGCCGAGGAGCCCAAGGGCGGCCUGGGCCUCCAAGUGUCGUCGUCGUCGUCGAUGAAGACCGAGCCCUGUCGAGACGCGUCCCCCGGCGCUGGGCACGGACACUCGUCUCCCGCCCACACGCCUAAGCGGGGCCCCCCUGCUCCCCUGCCUGGACCGGGACACUCGGCCCCCCACCAGCCCCCGCCGGUCGUCACCAUCGCGCCCACGCAGACCGUCAACGGCGCGUGGAGGAGCGAAAGCCGGCAGGUGGACGGGGCGGUGCGCUCCUCUGCCAGGGAGCACCCCCUCUCCACGGAGGCCCUGCUCAAGCAGGAGAAGGGCUCUCCGCAGAUGUACCCCCAUGUCUCCGCCAUGCACCACCCCUUCCUUGUGCCCUCGGCUGCCGACGCCGCCGCCGCCGCCGCUGCUGCCCAAGGCCACCGCCUCGCUUCGCUCAGCGUGCAGCGGCCAGUACCGCAGGUGCUCGGACCGACGGCACGGGCCGAGGAUUACUACCGCGCCUUCCUGGCCGGCAGCGACUUCCGCCUCCCGUACCUGCCGCACUUCGGGCUGGACCCGUCCACCACAGCGGCCGCCGCCGCAUUUUACCACCCGGCGCUGCUCUCCCAGCAGCCGUUCCAGCCGCACUUCAGGAUGGAGGAUGCCCUGUCUCUCUCCGCCCUGCGGCCUCCAUUCUACUCGUUCCCAGGCAGCCACGGCUCCAUCUCAUCCCUUCACCCCUCGGCGCUACAGCUUCCGUUCGGAGGCCACCUCGCCCCUCCGGCCAUGGGGGCCCUGCCCCUGGAGCGCCACGGCACUGCCACAACGACCGCCACCAGCGAGCGGUCGGCCUCAGCCGAAGACGUCAGGCAGCGCAACCGGGAGAUGAAAGCGGAGAGCGAGCGGGCCGAGCGGCACAUAGAGCAGGAGCGGCGUCGCGAGAGUGAGCGAGAGCGUGAUAGGGAGCGUGAGAGGGAGCGGAGGAAGCGAGACCGCGAGGCCGAGAGGGAAUCGGAGAGAGAGGCGGCACGGGAGAAGCGCCAGCGAUUAGAGGAGCUGGCGCAGCAGCAGCAGCAGCAACAGCAGCAGGCGCACAGCCGGGACAAGGCAGAACGGUGCGCCACCACACCAUCCGGGAGCUUCACUUCAUUGCAUUCCUCAAAAACGACAGAAAUGUCUCCCAGCUCUCGGCUCUUCAGCCCCAGGUCCAGCACCCACGUGAGCAGCGUGGCAGAGUCUCAGGGCUCUCACCACCAACUGCACCACCAGCACCAGCAGCCACACCACCACCAGCAGCAGCACCAUCAGCAUCAACAGCACCACCACCAACAACAGCAGCAGCAGUUGAGAGGCAUGGGCUCCUCGGCUGGGACGGGAGUGAGUUCAGGUCCCGUAAGCGUCGAUGACGAAAUGAGGUGGUCGCGUCCGUUUGCACCGCACGUCCCCUCCGCUCCCGGGGCGGCUGCGGCCAUGGUGGUGCCAUCCGUGCCGCCGGCGCUGACCCCUGGGUUUGGCGGCGGAGGCAUCAGCCCCUGCGGCCUGCGCACCCCCGGCGCCCCCAUCACGGCGGCCGAAGAGGAGAAGUGGCAGGCACGGCAGCAGCAGCUGCGGCAGGAGAAGGAGGACCGGCAGCAGCAGGUGUUCGAGUUCCGGCAGCAGCUCCUGCAGCAGCAGCUGGAGCUCAGCCACAUCUUCCUGCAGGCGGGCGAGCGCGAGCGCGAGAGGGAGCGCGAGAGGGAGCGGGAGCGUGAGCAGGGCGGCGAGCUCAGGCCCAGCACCACCGCGGGGCCCAGCGAACGCAGGGACCCAGACAAGCCCGACGCGAGGCUCCACCCUGCAAGUUCGUGUCCCUCUGGUCUAGGAGCGCCGCCCCCUCUCAUCUCGCCCAAGCAUGCCCCUCGCGACUCCCCGCUUCUCCACACGGUACCGUGGCUCUCGGGCCUUCCUACGCCUCCUAGCGCGCAUCACCACCCCGUGGCGCCACCGCCGCCACCAGCACCGCCCACUCGCUCCAACGGGGAGAAGUCGCGGCCGACGCCGGAGCACAGGGCGGGUGGCGCGGCCGGCGUGGACGGGCACGCACGACCCGACGAGCACCGCUACCGGGAGUCGCUCAACUGCACGAGCAGCUACCGCGAGUGGGGGCACAGGGACCCCGCCAAGCUCGACUUCACCAUGGGGGGACAGGUUGCCGACCUGAGCAUUGCUGGAAAACGCGGCGGUGGCAUUACCGCCGCUGGUAGUGCCACCGGGAACCCCGGGUUGAAGGAGCAGGAACCCGUGACCCCCGAGCCGACGCGACAGGGCCCAGACGAGGGAGCGCCACCCCUCCCUCCUCCUCUGCCGCCCGUGAGGCCACUUAUCAGCCAGGCCGACACCAACGAACGCAAACCCAAAGAGUGUCGCAUUAACGGCUGCCACCAGACGGGCGCCCUCCCGGACCUCUCGAGUAACGGGCAGUCCAUUCACAAACUGUUCCCACCACCCGCCCUGAAGGGAGAUGCUCCGGCCAAGUCGGAGGUAGAGGAGAAGGCCGAGGAGCCGCUGGAAGCAAGGGAGCGGAGCGCGAGGGAACGGCGUGGGGUCCUCUUGUCAUCCCUGCACCACCGACACCACCACCCUCCCCCUCGACCGCGGCCUUCGCCCCCUCCCCUCAUCUCCCUGCCCGUGCGGCCCCGCCCCUCCCAGCCCCUGCCCAGCGACGCGCCCGACCUGGAGGACAAGAAGCACUUCUUGUCGCUCUUUGGGCUCGUGUACCUGAGCCCGGAGAAGCUGGAGGAGAUUGAGCACACGAUUCAGCUCAUCCAAGCCCUGAAGCAAAAGAUCCUGGCAGCUGCUCCGGCUGUCCCCGCGGCCCCGGAUGACGCGCUUAAGGAGGCCGGCGAGGGUGCUGCGAAAGCAGGGACCCAGCCGCAGCCCGGCCGGGCUGCCGGGGUGCCAGGGUCCCCCACCCCUGAGAACCUGAGCGCGCUGGCGGAGCGUCCGCAGGACCACCCCACGCGCGGAGGACCCACAGGGGGUGCCGUGAACGGAGCGGAGCGAUGGGAUGCGGAGGAGGCCGGGCGAUUUGCACAGGAGUUCCACCAGUCGGUGCUGCACUCCACGCAGACAGCCUCGCUGCUCAAGGAAGGGGCGCUGGAUGGACCGACGUGCCCGGAGAGCGCACGGGGGCGACAGCAGCGGCAGCAGCAGCAGGCUGAGGCCAGCUCGGACAGCGAGAGCGAGCCCGGGCGGCAGUCGCGUGCAUGGCAGGGAAUUGCUGCCGUCCUCGAGGGAUACCAGCAGUUUCUCGCAGAGCGAAGCUCAGAGGAGCAGUUCCUGCACAAGAGUUGCAGUCGGCUGAGCUCCCGACACGCGGAGAUGAAGGCGGAGUAUGACCGGCUGAGUGCGCGCAGAACGGAGCUGAUGGGCCUCCUGAUGGAUCUGGAGAGGGACCGCCAGGCUUGCGAGACGGCCGCCGACGGUCUGGCGCAGUGCCUUGUCCUACCCAAUCCCGCACACCCCCACUCGAGGUGAAAGUGGCAGCUCGCUCCCCGUACCUCCCAAAGGGGACGGCGCUCUCGUAAACAUGCAUCCGUUGGCUCAGAGUUGCCUGCCGGUGAAUUAUUUCGACUGCCGCGCCAUGGCUUUGUGGUGCUUGAAGGACCCAGUGGCGACCUCUGGAGACGAUUUCAGGACGGUUGUUGUCGUCUUGCCACCGCCGUGUUUCUCUGCGGCUGAGGGGCGAAAACUUUGGCCCGAGUGCCCCUCACCGGCCCUGCCAAUCACCGCUCAGCCACGUGGGACCCGACGUGAAGGAGCCCGGAGGGAAUUCACUGCCGCUCCAUUCGGAGUGCUGGUAAUCGAGGACCCAAGGAGCCGAGGGUUUGACCUUUGUGAUACCUGAUAAUUGCACUUAAAUAUUGCCUUGAGGAAGUAGGUUCAUGAUUGGAGCGGGAGAGAGCCGUGCGUGGUGUUGUACUGUACUUAAUGAGUUGGUUUUUUUGAUGGAACAAGCACGUUAAACCAGGAAAGUGUCGUCGUGUGUUGGAUUUUCACAAACUUCAAAGUGAACGGUCUUUGCUGAACAUUUUUUUAUAAAUGUCUAUAACAUGUUAUGUUACAUUGCAAUGGAAUGAAUCAAGUGAAAACAGCUUAGCUGUGAUUUGUGUUUUAGGGAGCAGAUGCCGUUGGGUUGACGCAUUCCUUGUACACCUUAUAUUUAUUACGCGGGCAGCUGUGGGUUCAUGAGGACCCUUGUGAGCGUGACGCAAUGUGCAUGUUGGCCAGUCGCAUUUGCUUCACGAGUCUCCACACCAUCACUUAUCCUCUUUUACUUAUCAAGCAUUUAUCAAGCAUCAUAAAACCUUGAACAUGGCUUAAUUUCGCAUUGAAUGUUUUCCAGGUCGUUGGUGGACUGGAGUCAGCCUCGAGAUAGGAUGGCAGACAGUGGGACUAGGCCUAAAUUAAGUGGUGUGCCGAGUGCGUACACAUUUUUUGGAUUACUUAUCCGGACAGACCCAGCUGAGUUGAAGCCCUGGUGUAACCACACAGAUGUUGGUUUUUAAUUCCGCCAGUAAAUUGGUGUCAAGUGGACGCUGCUGCCCCGCAGUGAAACACCGGUUGGUGUCGCUGGUGCAGUGCGUAACCAUGCAAGAGGUCACUGACAAGCAGGUCCAUGCAAAUACAAAAAGAAAUAUCACAAACCCCCUCAUCGGGACACAACAUCCUUGUCAGUUAUUUAUUAAAGGUGUCGUACUGGGCUAUUGAUCCAUACAGAGCAUUACGUCUUGCCCUGGCAAUGCACUCUUGUGAGCAUGCAUUUAAUUUCACAUUCACAGCUCCGUUCAGGCCAAUGACGUUUUAUUUCAGAUAGUGCAUUAUCUUAGGUGUUUUUCACACCGAAUUUAACAUUUUUUAAGUGCAGCUUUGUGUUUUGUCAUUGCACCUUUUUGAGUUGGACGAUAAAACAAUUAAAUGAUUAAAUCAAUGCAUUUGAAAUGCAGUAACCAUUUGGUUUCUUUAAUUUAUUUAAAAAUUACCAACAUGUAUUAAAGUAUGUUUUAUCAAAUUAUAUAUUAUCAACAGUUUAAUUUCCAUUGGCCGGUUAGCAUUUAAUAAAGUAUCGUUUUUAAAAGACCACUUUAUUGAAUAAAAUAUAUAAGGAAAGAAUAUAUUAACAAAGUAUAUGUGCGCAGUGUACAAUGCUCUAUAUGCAGGUGCAGGUGUGUGUGUGCGUGUCAACCCCUCAAGGGGCCUGCUGCAUGCAUGUGCCCAGGCUGGCCACACCGUUGUAACAAACUCUUACAGAUGGCCAUCUCGCCAAUGCUGGGCUACCUUCUUGAAGAACACCUUCAAUCGAUUAAAACAUUCGAGUGGAGGCGUUUGCAACUGAGGCACGUGUGAAGAGAGAAGCCGUGGGUUUUUGUUUAUUUUUGGGAAGAUGGAGCCGAGUUUGGAAGUCUCCGUGGCCCCCAGCGGCAACUGCUGCUUCGCGUAUACAUUGGUGUGACGUUUGCACUUCCAGCUUCAAAUCGAACAUGUUUUUUAAAGCUGUCAGCAAAGCUAUUUGCCAUGAUUGUAUGCAGGAUUUACAAAAAAACAGCCUUGGGAGUUUUUUUUAUAACAAAGAGAAAAGUACAUUUUAGUUCAAAUCCCAAACAAGCCAUGUGCGCGGGGAUCCUGGUCUAGUCGUUGUGUAUGGAGAGAGUAAAGCACCUGCAGCAGAUGGUACCGGCCUUGCUCUGCGUUCUGUUUGGAUGGCUUCUGCCGGCUGCCUUGCCCCAGGGGGCAUGCAGAGCCCGUGGCGGUGUGCGGCAAAGGGCCACACAGGGUAAUGAGUCGCGAAUUUGCGUCGCUGCCCCUGGGCAGCCUCUGUGCAAGAGUUGGCAAGGCCUGGAUGCAGUGCGUUCGCCAAAAGCAGCAGCAGUAGCGGUGCGUUGUGAACGCGGCACUGCCCUGUGUGGGUGCUCUACUCAUUCAUGAGUAUUUCAUAAAUACUGCAUGUGGCUGUAGGUAUAUACAGCCGUGGCCUCUGUGGUAGCGUGGCACUUGCUAAACGUGUGUUUCGUAUUUUAACUUAACGUUUGCCUAUUUGUGUUUCCUCUGUGUUUGUCGAAAGAUCAAUUUUUCCAGGUUUUCUGUUUGUAGCAGGGUGUGUGAAAUGACACCAGCACACCUUGGGUUGGAUCCAAUUCUUAACCUGGGUUAUUUUCUUUUCUUUUGCUAAUACUUCUGCCAAAACCUUUGCUUCGGAAUUUGCAUUAACAAAGAUAUGAAUAAAGCUUAUAGUGUAUUUCAGGGUGCAGUGUUGCUUUGUAUUGGUACACUGUAUGGUACACCGUAUGGUACACCGUAUGGUACGCGGUGGUACGCAAGGGUACUCCCACAGUACACUGUGGUACACUGUGGCACACCAUACGGAACACUGUAUAUUACACUGUACGGUACAUGGUACGGUACACUGGGCCAGAGGUCAAUGUUGUGAUUUUAAUGAUCCACUUUUUUAUCUGCUGUUAAAUAUUGGCGUUGGUAUAUACUCAUACCCUCCCUCUAUUGGUGUAUUUUGAAAUAAAAUUUCAUGAAACUUGA